GCAGACUCCUGUUGGAUUCACGAUAUCAUCGAUUAACCCAGCGGCUACUCCGGAUAAUAACACCUUCCAUGUGAAACAUAUGCAGAGAUAUAAGUGCUAUCGCCGUCCUGUACGAGGGGGCCGCGCGUUGAACGUGCCGCGUUCGAAUCCCAGCGGUGUCAUAUUCAAAUACUCUCACCAUACAG